GCCGGAAUCAUCUGAUUGCGCUAGUGUGCGUGCGACAGGGACAAGGUGAGAAAAACAGAGGUGAAACGCAAAAAGGAGUGUGCAAAUCCAGCAAAUUGGCGGCAUUCCCGGGGAACUCACAGCGGCGGGGCUCCGCGAUGAAGCCCCAGUGCUCGCAUCCCUGCGACGAGGCGGUCAUCGCGACAAAUGACGACGCCAGCGAGUGCAAGAGGAGCGCCGUGCGUCUGGGCUACUGGCAGGACGAGUACCUGGGCUACUUCGUGAAGAGCUCCCAGGAGCGCAAGGCGCCCGAGAUCAACCGCGGCUACUUCGCGCGCGUGCGGGGCGUGGAGAUUGUGAUUGAGAAGUUCCUGCAGAGGAGCCAAGGCAGUGCGUGUCAGAUCGUGAACCUGGGCUGCGGUUUCGACACGCUGUACUGGCGCCUUCGGGAGUCCGGCCAUCAGGUAGCCAACUUCAUCGAGCUGGACUUCCCCACGGUCACGGCGAAGAAGUGCUACGCCAUCAAGCGCAACAAGCGCCUCCUGGAGAAGAUCCACGCCGCCGAGGACGGCGAGGUGCGCCUGAGUUCCACGGAUCUGCACGCCAGUAACUACCACAUCAUGGGCGUGGACCUGCGGAACAUCGACGAGCUGCACAGCAAGCUGAACCAGGCCGAGAUCGACUACAGCAUCCCCACAAUCUUCCUCGCCGAGUGCGUUCUAGUCUACAUCGAGUCCGCGAACUGCGCCAACCUGCUCAAGUGGCUGUCCGGGCAGUUCCCCACCAGCGUCUUCGUCAACUACGAGCAGGUGAACAUGAACGACCGCUUCGGGGACGUGAUGCUGGGCAACCUGCGCGCGCGUGGCUGCAAUCUGGCCGGCGUGGAAGCCUGCACGUCGCUGGAGACACAAGUGGCGCGCUUCCUGGACUGCGGCUGGCACGGCGCGCGUGCCUGGGACAUGGUGCAGGUGUACCAGAGCCUGCCCAACGCCGAGCGCCAGCGGAUAGAGCGCAUCGAGAUGCUGGACGAGGGCGAGCUGCUAGUGCAGCUCUUCCAGCACUACUGCAUCACCAUCGCCUGGGUGGGUGAGCUCUUUCAGGACAUUGAGAUCACCGUGGAGAGGCGGAUGUCGUCCCUCAACAUCGACUAGAGUCAGUGGGCAGGCGAAUAAAAUACUUCUGUGGAUAAAA